CACACACACACACACACACACACUUGCCACGCUCAAACAGCAGCUAUGAGAGGGUAGGUACAGAGGAGAAACCAAACCGUUGGAGACACACACAGCAACCAUAGGGGCUGCCUUUGUGUGAAACGCUGCGGCCUGGAAGGAGUGACAGUCAGCGUACAAUUGGAUCCUCGUGGUUUAUUUUCUGAAGUCUCUUGUUUGCAGCGUGAGCCAGUUAAAACAUGCUUGUCUGCUGUCCAUCAUGUGAUGAGAUUUCAAAAGUGCCUUCUUAAGUGCUCGGCGUCUGCCCUUCGUGACUGACAAUGUUCAACGGCUCUUUAUCUCUCUCUUUCACUCUCCCUCUUGUACUCUCUCUCUUUUGCUUUCUGUCCCUCUUUCCCUGUCUCUUUCACUCUCCCUCUUGUACUCUCUCUUUUGCUUUCUGUCCCUCUUUCCCUGUCUCUUUCACUCUCCCUCUUGUACUCUCUCUUUUGCUUUCUGUCCCUCUUUCCCUGUCUCUUUCACUCUCCCUCUUGUACUCUCUCUUUUGCUUUCUGUCCCUCUUUCCCUGUCUCUUUCACUCUCCCUCUUGUACUCUCUCUCUUUUGCUUUCUGUCCCUCUUUCUCUGUCUCUUUCACUCUCCCUCUUGUACUCUCUCUCUUUUGCUUUCUGUCCCUCUUUCCCUGUCUCUUUCACUCUCCCUCUUGUACUCUCUCUUUUGCUUUCUGUCCCUCUUUCUCUGUCUCUCACUCUCUCAUCACCUCUCUCUUUCCCUGUCUCUUUCACUCUCCCUCUUGUACUCUCUCUCUUUUGCUUUCUGUCCCUCUUUCUCUGUCUCUCACUUUCUCAUCACCUCUCUCUUUCCCUGUCUCUUUCACUCUCCCUCUUGUACUCUCUCUCUUUUGCUUUCUGUCCCUCUUUCUCUGUCUCUCACUCUCUCAUCACCUCUCUCUUUCCCUGUCUCUUUCACUCUCCCUCUUGUACUCUCUCUCUUUUGCUUUCUGUCCCUCUUUCUCUGUCUCUCACUUUCUCAUCACCUCUCUUUCCCUGUCUCUUUCACUCUCCCUCUUGUACUCUCUCUCUUUUGCUUUCUGUCCCUCUUUCCCUGUCUCUUUCACUCUCCCUCUUGUACUCUCUCUUUUGCUUUCUGUCCCUCUUUCCCUGUCUCUUUCACUCUCCCUCUUGUACUCUCUCUCUUUUGCUUUCUGUCCCUCUUUCUCUGUCUCUCACAUCACCUCUCUCUUUCCCUGUCUCUUUCACUCUCCCUCUUGUACUCUCUCUUUUGCUUUCUGUCCCUCUUUCCCUGUCUCUCACUCUCCCUCUUGUACUCUCUCUUUUGCUUUCUGUCCCUCUUUCUCUGUCUCUCACUCUCUCAUCACCUCUCUCUUUCCCUGUCUCUUUCACUCUCCCUCUUGUACUCUCUCUCUUUUACUUUCUGUCCCUCUUUCUCUGUCUCUCACUCUCUCAUCACCUCUCUCUUUCCCUGUCUCUUUCACUCUCCCUCUUGUACUCUCUUUUGCUUUCUGUCCCUCUUUCUCUGUCUCUGUCUCUCACAUCACCUCUCUCUUUCCCUGUCUCUUUCACUCUCCCUCUUGUACUCUCUCUCUUUUGCUUUCUGUCCCUCUUUCUAUGUCUCUCCCCCUCUCUGUCUCUCAUCACCUCUCUCUUUCCCUGUCUCUUUCACUCUCCCUCUUGUACUCUCUCUCUUUUGCUUUCUGUCCCUCUUUAUCUAUCUCUCCCCCUCUCUGUCUCUCACUCUCUCAUCACCUCUCUCUUCCUCUCGCUCAUACCCUGUGUGUCUCUCUGUCAGUCUACAGUACCUGCAAAAAGGUUGCUUUAUUUCAGUUACCAGUGAGAUUACAUCAAAAAGAGAAAAGAACACUGAGUAGGUUCCAAGGUGAUGGUCUGGACUGAAGAACACUGAGUAGGUUCCAAGGUGAUGGUCUGGACUGAAGAACACUGAGUAGGUUCCAAGGUGAUGGUCUGGACUGAAGAACACUGAGUAGGUUCCAAGGUGAUGGUCUGGACUGAAGAACACUGAGUAGGUUCCAAGGUGAUGGUCUGGACUAAAGAACACUGAGUAGGUUCCAAGGUGAUGGUCUGGACUGAAGAACACUGAGUAGGUUCCAAGGUGAUGGUCUGGACUAAAGAACACUGAGUAGGUUCCAAGGUGAUGGUCUGGACUAAAGAACACUGAGUAGGUUCCAAGGUGAUGGUCUGGACUAAAGAACACUGAGUAGGUUCCAAGGUGAUGGUCUGGACUGAAGAACACUGAGUAGGUUCCAAGGUGAUGGUCUGGACUAAAGAACACUGAGUAGGUUCCAAGGUGAUGGUCUGGACUAAAGAAGACUGAGUAGGUUCCAAGGUGAUGGUCUGGAUUAAAGGACACUGAGUAGGUUCCAAGGUGAUGGUCUGGAUUAAAGAACACUGAGUAGGUUCCAAGGUGAUGGUCUGGAUUAAAGGACACUGAGUAGGUUCCAAUGUGAUGGUCUGGAUUAAAGGACACUGAGUAGGUUCCAAGGUGAUGGUCUGGAUUAAAGGACACUGAGUAGGUUCCAAGGUGAUGGUCUGGAUUAAAGGACACUGAGUAGGUUCCAAGG